CUGAUCUUACUAAUUUCAUUGACAAGCAUUGUAGCCCUUGUUUCAUUAUCAUUUGUAUUACUAAUACAGUUUUCUCGUAUCACAAUUAUAAAUUCCACUCAGUUAACUCACAUCUUUUUUUAUUAAAAUCUAAAUAAAAUUAAGUUAUAUAUUAUUUUAUAAUUGUGUUAUUAUUAUAUUUUAUAUCUAAUGAUGAUUGAUUUAUCUGCAUAAAUUAAAAAGUUUUGACAUUGUUGAUGAUGUGACGUUAUUUUUCAUAAUGCAUCCAGUUCGAAGACGUAAGAAACGACCAAACUAUGGUGUACGUAUAGUCGAGGUAAAUCGAGGAAAGAAUGGCUUUGGAUUUACUAUAUCUGGUCAGCAACCAUGUAUACUUAGCUGUAUAGUACCUGGUAGUCCUGCUGAUCAAGCAGGUCUUAAGGCAGGUGAUUAUUUAGUUGCUGUCAGUAAUAGUAAUGUCAGUAAGCUACUUCAUGAUGAUGUUGUUCAGUUGAUUGGCAGUUGUCAAUCUACAUUACGUUUAGAAAUAGCAGAAAAUUAUUAUUCUGAUAGUUCUGAUGAAGAAUAUAAAAAUGAGUUUGGUAAACAACGCCCUAAAUAUCCUCAUAAAUCAAGACCUGCAUUAACCCCUAUUAAUGUCAACAAAAUGAAAAAUGACGAUAUUAAUUAUCUAGGGGAGAAUUUAAAACCUAUUCCAAGAAUUACUUACAGUACAACACUUCAUAAAGAAGAAGUAUUAAAUUAUACUUUUCAAGUAUUUGUACGAUAUUUGGGAUCUAUAGAAAUGCCAUGUAUUCCAAUAGGAUCAAGACUACAAGUUGUCAAAAGUUGUAUCAAACGUUUAAAAGCAGAAAAACGUUCUCAUGCUGUUGUUCUUAUGACUGGAUUUAGUUUGAGUCUAUGUCUUCAAAAUAAUGUAGGUGCUAAUUUAGCCGUCUAUCCCAAGGACCGUGUAAUGUUUUGUGCUGCAGGUGCUUAUGAGAAUAGUAAAUAUUUUGGAGUUGUUACCAUCUCAGCAGCUGACGAUGAACCCUCCAAUUCUUGUCACGUUUUUGCUGUUGAUCCAGCAUCUCAUGAUGAACAUUCAGUUAUUGCUAAAAGAUUUAAAAUAACAUGUAUUAGAGGUACUAAUGGAAUCUGUUCCCAAUUCCCUCCUAAUUGUGAUGAAAUUGUUUUGUUUAUUGAAAAAUAUUACAAAUCUGAAUUGAUUCUUAAUACGGUUGGAAAUUCACCACAUCUAAGUCACGAUAGUACAACAACUAGUAAUAGUGAUUCUGGCAUUGGUUACAAGGAAUAUCGUGGUAUACAAACUGAUAGAAUUCUUAUGGUUGAUGUACAAAAUCAAUGUUUACAUAUUCAACAGGUUGGUGAUAUAGCUACUCAUUGCAUUGAAUGCUCAGAUUCUGUAACGCCUAAAGAUAAUGUUAUUGAACGUGGUGCCAGGAGUCGUUCACCUUUAAGCACUAGUUCAGUUGAUCUUGCAUUUAGUCAAAUAAGUCCUGAUUAUCCUGUUUUAGUCAGCUCUCCGGGUCCGCCUCGAAGAUCUAAAAGUGAAAGUAGUAUGCAACAUGAUUAUAACUCUUGUGAAGGAAUGAGCUUAGGUAGUAGUGUACGCAGCCAAGAAAUAUUAUUGCCUGAAAGUAAAUUUAAAUCAAAUUCCACUUUUGAUUGUCCAAGAUAUACUCUUACAACUCAAAGUUUAGAAGAGUUUAAAACAAAUUUUGAAGAUAACAAACCUAAUAUUUGGGGAAGUUUAAAAAAUAAUAAAGAAACAGAAGAAGCCUGCGAACCAUUUAGUAAUAAUGCUUGUAAUGAAUCAAGAAAUAAUCAAGUUCAAGAUUGGACAUUAUCAUUUGAAAAAGUUUUACAGGAUCCAGUUGCAUCACAAAAAUUUGCUGAAUUUUUAAAAAAGGAAUUUAGUGCAGAAAACUUGUAUUUUUGGACUGCAUGUGAACAUUACAAUUCUACUCAUGACCAAGUACUGAGAUGUGCUUUGGCUCGUGAUAUAUAUUCUAAACAUUUAUCGAAUGAUGCUUUAGAAUCAGUUAAUGUAGAUUCAAAAGCUUCUAAUCUGACCAUUCAACAAAUAGAACAAGCAGAUCCAAAUCUUUUCUUACAUGCCCAAAAACAAGUGUUUAACCUCAUGAAAUUUGAUAGUUAUCCCCGAUUCAUUAAAUCUGACCUAUUUAAGACGUGUCUUGUAGAACAAAUAGCAGAAAGUACACCUAAUAUAGAUGAAGUUAUGCCAAUAUUAAAAUCAUCACAAUAUCCCAAUAAAAAGCCAUUUGAUAUAGAUGAAUCAUUGAAUAAUGCAGUUGAAUAUCGUGUUAAUACUGGAAGUCGUAGAAAAUCAAUUCUUUCAUGGAGAAGACAGUCAAAUACUCAACCUCCUUUGACAUCUGGUCUUUGUCGAGUCACUUUACCUGAUAAAUCAUCAACUGUACUCCAUGUUAAUCCAGAUUUAAGUGUUCAAGUCAUUAUUCAGAGAUUAUUUACUAAAAGAGAAUUUCCAUACAAAUUUUUCAAAGUGACAACUAAUAAUGGUGAACAGGUAAUUAACUUGAGUGAAUCAUCAAGUAUAUUAGAUGGCUUGGAUGUUAAAGUGGAACCUAGAGUUUCUUUUAGAUUAGAUCUUCCUGAUAGAAAAACUGUAAAUGUAGAUUGUAAAAUAGAUUCUACUGUUGGACAAGAAAUUAGUUCAAUAUUGUUAUCAUAUGGCUACAAGACAGAAUCAGUUACCUUAUGCUUGAUAAGUGAAAAUGAAGUUGUUGAUUUAGAUGUGAAUGUGGCUCUGGUAGAUGGUCAGAGAAUACAAGUUCUCACCCAUAGUAAUAUUGCGUCAUCUUUUUCUCAAAAUUAUUCAACAAUGAAGUAUAUAGAUGACUCAUGUAAUUUAGAUGAAUUAACUAAUCAAGUAUUUGAAGACUUACUGCAAAAUAAGUGUCCUGAAUCUGUAGAACAACCAUCUGAUCAGGGUUCUAUAAAGUCUGAAGAAUGGGGAUCAGAACAUUCAUCUAAUUUAAUCAGUAGAUUUUUAAGAAGAGAUUCAAUUUUUCACGAAAAACAAAGAAAAAUAAAGAAAACCUGCAAAUCUCAGUGUAUAAUGCCAGAACAAAUAAAUAAUAAUGAAAAGAAACAAACUCUUAGCAAACUUCCGCCUUUAAUUGCUAAAUUAAAACCUAAUGCUAAACUACAGAGUGAAAAAUUAUCUGAGAGUGAUGCACUCUAUGAAGGACUGAAAAGAGCUCAAAGAAGUAGAUUAGAAGAUCAGCGAGGUACAGAAAUAAACUUUGAAAUGCCUGAUUUUUUAAAAGAUAAAGAUAAUGAAAAUUCAGAUACCAACAAGAAACAACGUAAAUCACUGAGAUUGAGUGAUAGGAGUAGACCUUGUAGAGAGUCAGCUCGUUUUUAUACAUCUCAAAAUGAUGAAGAAUUUAAACGACCUAAUCCAAUAAAUGAAACUCGAACUAAAAUAGUAAAUCAACUGCCUCCUCCAUUGCCACCAAAACCUAAAAAUUUAUUAAAUGACCAAUUUGUUAAAAAAAAUUCAGAUAACAGCAUAAAAAAACCUGUCUUUUUGGACAACCCAACAAGCAGUUUUGUUUGAGUAGUUUAUUUUAUAUAAUUAAAUUUUUUAACUAAAAAAUAAAUUGUAUAAUUAAUUUAAGAUUUUUUAUAAAUGUAUUUUUGUACAUUCAGUACAUUUUGGAAUGGGAUUUUUAUAUAUUAAUUUUUAAUAUAAAUAUUUUAUUAUUAGACACUUUAAAAUAUAUUUUUAUAAUUUAUUAUUGUAUGUAUUAUGAAAAUUUGAAACAAAAGAUAAAAUCAGAAUUUUUUUUUGAUAUCUAUUUUAUUAUACUUUUUUAUUUUAAUUUCUAUGCAUCUGGUAAAACAAUUUUAGAUUUUCCUUCAUCAGGUUGACUAUCCAAUGCUGUUUGUAUUAAAUUUGUGUCUUCCUGUAUUAAAGGAUAUGUUAUAUUAACAGGUUCUCUGGGAGGCAUCCAGUCUGGAAUUAUUUUGCCAUGUAUUCUCCAUAAGCCAUACUGAUUUACUAUAUGUUUCUCAUAAACUACAUACUCGAGUACAUUCUUAACUAUAA